AUGUCAGCAACAAAGGGAAUGGCUAUUGGCAUUGAUCUAGGCACCACCUAUUCCUGUGUGGGGAUAUUCCAGCAUGGCAAAGUGGAAAUUAUCGCCAAUGACCAGGGCAACCGCACCACCCCCAGCUAUGUGGCUUUCACAGACACCGAGAGGCUCAUUGGUGAUGCUGCCAAGAACCAGGUAGCCAUGAAUCCCCAGAAUACUGUCUUUGAUGCUAAACGUCUGAUCGGCAGGAAAUUUAAUGAUCCUGUAGUGCAGUCAGAUAUGAAACUUUGGCCUUUUCAAGUAAUCAAUGAAGGAGGCAAGCCCAAAGUAAUGGUAUCCUACAAAGGGGAGAAAAAAGCUUUCUACCCAGAGGAAAUCUCUUCUAUGGUACUGACUAAGAUGAAAGAGACUGCUGAAGCUUUUUUAGGCCACUCUGUCACUAAUGCUGUAAUCACUGUGCCAGCCUAUUUCAAUGACUCUCAACGUCAGGCCACAAAGGAUGCAGGUGUGAUUGCAGGUCUCAAUGUGCUAAGAAUUAUCAAUGAACCCACUGCUGCUGCCAUUGCUUAUGGUUUAGAUAAAUCAAGUAAGGGAGAGCGGCAUGUCCUGAUAUUUGAUCUGGGUGGAGGUACUUUUGAUGUGUCCAUCUUGACCAUAGAUGAUGGGAUAUUUGAAGUAAAGGCCACGGCUGGGGACACGCACUUGGGUGGGGAAGAUUUUGACAACAGGCUGGUGAGCCACUUCGUGGAGGAGUUCAAGAGGAAGCACAAGAAGGACAUCAGCCAGAACAAGCGAGCAGUGAGGCGGCUGCGCACAGCCUGCGAGAGGGCCAAGAGGACCCUGUCAUCCAGCACCCAGGCCAACCUUGAGAUAGACUCCCUCUAUGAUGGUAUCGAUUUCUACACAUCUAUCACCAGAGCUCGGUUUGAAGAGCUGUGUGCAGACCUGUUCCGGGGCACCCUGGAGCCAGUGGAGAAGGCUCUCCGGGAUGCCAAAAUGGAUAAGAGUAAAAUCCAUGACAUUGUUUUAGUAGGGGGCUCCACACGGAUCCCCAAGGUUCAGAAGCUAUUGCAGGACUACUUUAAUGGCCGUGAUCUCAACAAGAGCAUCAACCCUGACGAGGCUGUGGCCUACGGUGCAGCGGUGCAGGCAGCCAUCCUGAUGGGAGACAAGUCUGAAAAGGUUCAGGACCUGCUUUUGUUGGAUGUAGCUCCCUUGUCACUAGGUUUGGAGACAGCAGGGGGCGUGAUGACUGUCCUGAUCAAGCGCAACUCCACCAUCCCUACCAAGCAGACUCAGGUCUUCACCACCUACUCAGACAACCAGCCAGGGGUACUGAUCCAAGUGUAUGAGGGUGAGAGGGCCAUGACGAAAGACAAUAACCUGUUGGGGCGCUUUGACCUAACUGGAAUUCCUCCUGCACCCCGAGGAGUGCCCCAGAUCGAGGUGACCUUUGAUAUUGAUGCCAAUGGCAUUCUCAAUGUGACAGCUAUGGACAAGAGCACCGGCAAGGCCAACAAGAUCACCAUCACCAAUGACAAAGGCCGCCUGAGCAAGGAAGAGAUCGAACGCAUGGUGCAGGAUGCCGAGAAAUACAAAGCUGAGGAUGAACACCAGAGAGAUAAAAUUACUGCAAAAAAUGCCCUGGAAUCCUACGCUUUUAACAUGAAGAGCGCUGUGAGUGAUGAAGGCUUGAAGGGCAAAAUUAGUGAGACUGACAUGAAGAAAAUACUUGAAAAAUGCAGUGAGAUCCUUUCAUGGUUGGAGGCAAAUCAACUGGCUGAUAAAGAGGAGUUUGAUCAUAAGAGAAAGGAAUUGGAGAAGGUGUGUAAUCCAGUCAUCACAAAACUCUACCAAGGAGGAUGCACUGCUUCUUCCUGUGGAACAGGCUAUAUGCCUGGAAGGGCUGCUACAGGACCCACCAUUGAAGAAGUUGAUUAA